UCGUUCCCGUGUACUCUGUUUCACUCCGGGCUCAAUAUCUAGACACACUCUUCCCCAGCUGGUUUCUAACAGUGCGGACGUGUAACAUUACAUUAAUAUUAAUCUUUGCCUUGCUUUAACUUUCCCAUCGGAAAAUCAUAACAACCCGUGUCUAUCACAAUAUAAGAUUUUUAAAGAAAAUAUGGCAACCGUUGAGGAACUGAAGCUGCGAAUCCGUGAGUUAGAAAAUGAACUAAUUAAAUCCAAACAGAAGCAAAGUGAUGCUGAACAUCACCUUAGACCAAAGAUUGAUCAAAUGAGUGCUGAAGUCGUAGACUCAAAUCCAUACAGUCGUCUGAUGGCACUCAAAAGAAUGGGCAUAGUUCAAGACUACGAGAGGAUCCGCUCGUAUGCUGUUGCUGUGGUGGGAGUGGGAGGAGUGGGCAGUGUCACUGCAGAAAUGCUCGCCAGAUGUGGCAUUGGUAAGUUGCUGCUGUUUGACUAUGAUAAGGUGGAGUUGGCCAACAUGAACCGGCUCUUCUUCCAGCCACAUCAGGCAGGGCUCAGUAAAGUUGAGGCUGCAGAACACACUCUUAGGAGCAUUAAUCCAGAUGUUGCUUUUGAGAGCCACAAUUACAACAUCACCACAAUGGACAACUUCACGCAUUUCAUGAACCGCAUUAGUCACGGAGGACUCGAGGAGGGAAAGCCAGUGGAUUUGGUCCUCAGUUGUGUUGAUAACUUUGAGGCUCGGGUGGCCAUUAAUACGGCAUGUAAUGAAUUGGGUCAGAUCUGGAUGGAGUCGGGUGUCAGUGAGAAUGCCGUUUCUGGACACAUUCAGCUCAUCAUCCCUGGAGAAACUGCUUGUUUUGCUUGUGCACCUCCUCUCAUAGUGGCUGCAAAUAUCGACGAGAAGACGUUGAAAAGGGACGGGGUUUGUGCUGCCAGUCUGCCCACCACAAUGGGAGUGGUCGCCGGGCUCCUUGUGCAGAACGUCCUGAAAUUUCUGUUGGGGUUUGGGACAGUGAGUUAUUACCUGGGCUAUAAUGCCAUGCAGGAUUUCUUCCCGAGCAUGGCAAUGAAGGCCAACCCACAGUGUGACGACAGACACUGCAGACGACAACAGGACGAGUACAAGAAAAAAGAAGUAGAGCGGCCAAAGCAGGAAGUGGUACAGGAAGAAGAGGAAGUGGUGCAUGAGGACAAUGAAUGGGGCAUUGAGCUGGUUUCAGAGGUGUCAGAGGCAGAGCUUCAGGACGCAUCGGGACCGGUACCAGAUCUGCCUGAGGGCAUUACUGUAGCCUACACCAUACCUGAGAAAGAUGGAGCGUCAGGGGAGACGGUGGAGGAAACCGAUCAGAGUUUAGAAGAGCUGAUGGCUCAGAUGAGAAAGAUGUAAGAGAACAACAAGCAAGAGGAAAGGGACAUCCUUAAACUCAGAAAAAACUCUCCCACAGAC